CAUUCUGCAAAGAGUUAACUCCGUAUAUAAGGCUGCGUGGUUUUGCAAUCAUCAAUUCGUCUCCUGUCCGCAAGAGAAGUAACUCAUCCGCCAUGUACAAGCUGGUCGUCCUCCUCGCCGUGGUGGCUGCCGCCUCCGCCGGCUACGUGGCCCCCGUGGCCUACUCUGCCCCCGUCGCCGCCCCCCUGGCGUACUCCGCCCCCCUGGCGUACUCCAGCCCCCUGGUGGCCCGCGCUCCUCUGGCUUACUCCAGCCCCGUGGUGGCCCGCGCCCCUCUGGCGUACUCCAGCCCCGUUGUCGCCGCCGCCCCCAUCGCCUCCGCCUACUCCAGCGGCAUCGUGAGGUCCGGCCCCGUCGCCUACUCCUCGCCCCUCAUCCUCGGUUAAACGCACCUCUCUAGUCUCGACCAAUAAACAGUAUUAUUUAUCUUGAAA